AAGGUUGACCUUGGAGAACGGCGCUAACAAACGAUAAUGAAGGUAGAGGAGUUUUACUCCUUGUUAGGAGAAAGACGAAAAACUUUAGCAGAUAUUCUACUCUCUAAAUUUGGAAAAGACUUGGAAAACAUACAGGCAAAUCAUAUUAACUUUUCUUAUACACUGAAUUAACAGAACUCAUGUAAUGAUGCGUGCGCUGCCCAGAAAGAUUUUCUUGAUGUUGAUGAUGAAGUAGAGAACCAAAUAAAUUCGAUAGCUGCGAAUCGUUACGAGAGGUUAAUAAAUGAUAUUGAGCUUCAGGCAAAAGGACUCAAGUUACCCAGAACGGAUGAUAAAGAAACUAAAGUUGGUCUUGAUAAAAUGAUUCACUUGUAUUUAAAACGUCAAAGCAACAUCAUAGAUAAUGAUUCCAACCUGGUAAAGAACCGUGAAAAACUAUGUCGUUUGUUAGAGACUGCCAGAUCACAGAAUUCUGGUAAUACAGUCGUCAAAAAGCUGAAGGGAUCUGCAUCGCGUAAGAUUCGUUCAGCUGUAUCACAAAGUUUCACGAAGCACACACGCCGGGUUCCAGGCUUGAAUGCUAAGUCAGAAAAAAUCCCUGUUGAUCACUGGCCCUCGUCAGAAAAUGGCUUUUUCUGUUUACUUAGAGGAUUUCUUACACAUGGGGGUGUACGGAGGAGAUUAACUACAGCUCAGAUUUGUGAAUAUGUUCGUGAAUGGCAGGUUUGCAAUCAAAACAGGUUAAGAACGGUUGGGAGAGGUUGCAGCUGGAUCGAUCGGGUUGAAGACUGGUCUUCUGUAACUCAUCAUGCAUUAGAUUUUCUUACCGCAGAAAGUUCACCCGAAAGUGUCAUACGUAACAGUUCUCGCCGGCUUGUAUGUCCGAGACCGUUUGUUAGUUUAAAACCGCGCAUUCAUCAGUGGUGUUGGCUCCUGUGCCCCCCAUCAGGAAUAAACCCUAAAGUCGACCAAGAAUGGAUCCAAAAAUUUGAACUGGAAACCAGAGAGUUGACGGGUUUAUUUUCUGACUGGCUUCGAGCUCCUCGUGGUCUUGGUGGGUUGACAGAUGCAGUUUUGUCGAUAACAGACUCCUUGCUUUUGAGUGGGAGGAAUAAAGUCAAAUCCGUUGAGAAUACAAAUUCUUCAGUUAUGGAAAAACAGUAUUCUGGAGGAUCUGAUGGUGACGGUGAUGUAGAAGACUCAGAAAUUGAUGAAGGUGAAAGAUGUUUACGAAUAGAUGAUUGCCAAGUUGAGUCAGAUGAUGGCGAUAAGAAAAGUGGAGACAUCCAAAAGAUUAGAAGAAACAUUUCAUCAAAACACUCUCAACAGUCAAUAUCCCAUGAAGAUAAUCGACUUUAUUCCGACGAUGAUAUCCCUCCACCACUUUAUCCAACUAGAUGGAAACUCCAACCAUUUUCAAAGGAAGAGAAGGCUGAUUUUCAAUUGCAAGAAGCUGAACGUUUUUCUCAUCCAUGGUCUCCAUUUGUUUAUCACAUACAAAACUACUGCGCUGUAGUUGGACCGUUACGCUCAGCUCCAAGUGCUUUAAGUCAUGACUUAGUGUUGUAUAAUUCUGGUCGUAAUUGGUCUGGUAACUCAAAGGCUAGAGACCAUCCUCUACUGCGGCUUGACCGCCCUAUGUUUGUAAGUUUAGCUGAAAUUGUCCGAGACGCUGUGGCUUGUUUGCCCAAUGGAGAAGGUACUCGUGCAGAUAUCACCACCCUUGUACAGAAUAGCGGUUUUUUAUUACCGAAUGUCAAUCCACGCCAGUUACAACAAUGUGUCAGUUCUGCGUUGGAUCGAUUACAAGGUGAAACUUCUGAUCCGUCGGUCUACUUUAAUAACAAUCGUCGUAUGUGGAUUUAUCGUCACAGACAUAGGACUGUUGAAAAGUUUGCUGAACUACACGAAGCAAGAUGUGCUGUUAAUGAAACCAAGAAAAUUAUUCAACGUGGUGGUAGUACAUCUGUUCUGAAUAUUAACCAAACAGUUAAACCUACUAAUAAAUUAAUUCCUGACAAGUAUCCAGAAUAUUCUAGCAAACAAAAUAAUUUACGACAUAAUUCUUCAAAAUAUUCUGGACGUUAUCAUAAUCAUCAUCACAGUGGCAGACAUAUUCAAUCGGGUUAUAUCAGUCGAGAUUAUGGGUAUAUGGAAUUAAACAGAAACUAUUCAUUUAUUGAUGAUGAUCAUAUACCUGAUAUUGAAGAAUUAGAGGCAGCUGAUGAAGUCAAUAUGAUGGAAUAUAAUUGUACAUCUGCUAAUUACUCAGUGAAUUCUAAUAAUGUCAAAGGUCAUAUUGGUACAGUGGUUGAUAACACUGAGUAUGAUGAUGAUAAUGAAAUGGAUGAAGUGGAUUAUGAAAGUGAAAUUCUAAGUGCUUGGGAUGAUGAUAAUUCAAUUGAUCGAAUAAUCAAUCCUCCUACUGGUCAACAACGAGGCAAUCAACAAUUCAACAAAAUGCCUAGAUACUUGGAUCCAUUUCAGUCAAGAAGUCCAACAUCAUUUAUAUUGCCAUCAAAUAAUUACUCUCAGUCAACCAGUAAUUACAAACAAUCACGAUUAAAUGAUUCUAAUUAUUCAUCGAAUUCGAAACGGAUUCAUAAAAACUACACAACUGCUACUGCAGAUGAUGAUGAUGACGUUGAAAUUGGAAACUAUAUUAUUGACAGUGAAGAGAUAAACGAGGAAUAUUUCUAAGCUUUCUGAAUCAUUAUCUAAUUAAUGAUGUGUAAAUAUCUCAUACCUUUUGAAAAUCUCAUUUUGAUAAAGUGAUUUGUUUUUUUUUGUUUGUUCUAACUGCAAAUAGAUUUCCUCCAUCUUUUUAAUUUCUUUGGAAUUUCAAAAAGAGUAAACAACCCUGAUAUUUUUUAAUUUCUAUUCCAUUCCUAACAUUCAUUCAUGUUUAACUUAACAGCAAUUAAAAUGUAAAUCAAAAUUUCAUUUGUACAAUUAUUUGACCUACCUACAAAUAAAUCAGUAGUGUCGAUGAAUUAUCAUCGGUCAGUUUAGUUGUUUAUUAACCAGCGAAAUACUUCCAUGUUCAAAAGCCGAUAAGUGGAGUCAGAAUUUGUUAGCGGGACAUAGAUUGGAUUAAAGCAUGUUCCAUGCACAAUUGCGUUGCUGCACACUGAUUGGCUAAUUCUUAUCCAAUCAGUGCUAGCCGAUACUUGGAGAAGACUCGAGAAUCUUAUGUAAAAACUAUAAAUAUACUAACGUUUUUCUUAUUGUGCUUCUUGCUUCCAUCUACCCUUGUUAUUUGGAAUAUAAUCUCUUUUCCUGUUCAA